AUGUACGGCAAUACCACGACGCAAUUCACAACCUCCCAAUCCCAAUCCAUAUCCUCGCUCUCCGCCUCCGUUUCCUCCCUCCGCUCAUCCCUCAGCCUGCUAGACUCCUCCAUCUCCAUCCUCGACGCUGGGAUCUCUGAUUUCCCUAGAUUGAAGAAGGUAUUGAGUAGUACUAGACACUUCGAACUAACCCCCUCCACAACCCUCACAACCGCGCAAGCCUCUCUCGCCGCCGAGCUCGCGCCCGCAAUCACCACGCUGCUUGGGCGCUGCGAAUCGCACAUUGGGAAGCUGGAGCGGCGGGAAGGCGCGCUGAUCGCGCGGUCGGAGUUGUUGGAGGGGAGGUUGUCGAAUGAUGAGACGAGGGGUUUGAAGAAGAAGAGGAGUUUGGAUCGGUUGGUGAAGGGGAAGGGGAGGGGCGGGGAUGAGAAGGCGGCGAGGUUGAAGGCGUUGAGACUGAAGAAGGAGAGAUUGGGGUAUGCGGUUGAGAGGUUGGGGUUGCAGAGUCAGCAGAGGCAGAGGCAGUUGAGGAUGAGUGUUGCGGCUGGGGCGACUUUAGGGGAUUUGGGUGGGGAGGAGGAGUGA